AACACCUGUAAAUAGAAGUUCUGAGUAAAGCAAAGGUGAGGUGUGCACACACACUCAAGCAGAGGAAGGAAGAACAUAUGAAAGACUUUAAGUCAUAUAUGUGCGCACAGGAAGGCUUCAUCCCUUCCAGGAAGUGAAAUGAGAAAAACUGUGAGGCAUCUGACAGCAGCACUUCAGUAGAGCCUCUUUGCACCUCCAGCUCUGCUAUGAUCAACACAUACCACAGCAGCAUGGCCCCUCCGCCAGUGCCCCUGCGUCUGCACAGCUCCCAUCAGGGGACCCAACCUGUGCUCAUCCCCACCACAAUGCUGCCCCAGGGCCACAGCAAGACCCUCAUGCGCUUCAUGGUCGCAGUGGUGCUGUUCAAUCUGCUCUUGUCCAUACUGGGAUUCAUGUACCUGUACGUGAAUGGCACACCAAGAAAACAGGACACGUCUGCCACAUUUGGUGAAGCAGUGGGUUAUACGCAAAAGCUGCACAGCCACUAUGUCGAGAAGAGAGAGUCACAUAGAGUUUUUGCCCGAAUGGACUUUCAAAGGCCAACCGCAACACACAGAUCCCAAUCUGGACACCUCAAAUGGGACCUCAAAUUCAGUCGAUACAGUCAUCCAUACAUCAACUACUACAACAGCAGCUGGCUGACCAUCGAGGAACCUGGAGACUACUUUGUUUACUCCAGGUUGACUUUUUCCAAAGGUUCCCACGUUAUCCCCCUGAUGAACCGAGUGCACUUGAGGAAGAGCAAGAUGGAUGAGCCCAAAUCUAUAAUGCAUGCAUUUUGCCACACAUCUACACCAAAUCCUUGCACAGCCACCGCAGAAGAAGUGAUCAAACUGGAAAAAGGCAACCAGCUAAGUGUAUGGACUGAGGACAUCUCUCUAGUCAGUUAUGAUGAAAAAGCAUCAACCUUUGGAUUAUAUAAGCUAUGAUGGCAAUAGAGAAUGUAAGAUAUGGAGGACUCAACUGUUGAAUCAAUUUUGGACUUAAGUUAUGUAAAUAAUAAUUUAUUGAAUUUAAAUAUGGGUAAGUGAAGAUUCAUCACUUUGAAGAAGCAAGAAUGAAUUCUUCUUUUAACCUGUCUUUAAAAUCCGAAACGAUUUUCCUGCUGUUUAAGACGUACAGGCUACAGUCUCCAAAAAAGGAAUAAGUACGUAAAAAAGCAUGAAAAAAUGCAUUUGAACAUUCACUUC